CCCCUCCAGGCGCCCUUUGCGAUCAGCCCCAUAUUAAUGUUCAUUUAGAUGGCUCAUCAGAGGCCUGAGGUUUUUUCCAUGACAUCAGAUAGGCCAUGAGGACUGUUGUGAUUUUAAAGACGUACCCUGCUGCUUAAGCUGUGAUGUAAUUGGCAGCGAGUUCCACAUGACAUCACCCCGCUUUUCUUUAAUAUUUCUUCACUGCCUGCUUAAUAUGAAAGGCGAUUUAAAGGCUGCUUGUUUUCCGCCGGCUUGGUUGAAACUCUAGUAAAUAAAGUCCGUCCCGCACUCUCCUAAGGACACACAAACUCCAGAUGAAGGCUAGUUGCAAAGAGGAUUUGGCUUCUCGGGACCGCUCUGAUCUUUCCCACUAACCAGAUUUCAGCAGUUGUAAGUGGCUCUUCUUCCUGAGCUGGUGGUGGCUGUUAAAGCAGCAGAGUGGAAUGUGUACUGACAGUUACGGAUAGAAAGUGGACCAGAGUCCAGCAAAGAAGAUAAACUCUCAAGCCGCAUCCAGAGCAUGCUGGGCAAUUACGACGAGAUGAAAGAGCCGAUUGGUGACUCUCUUCCCAAACUGACAAACAAACCUUCGAACAGCUCGUCUUCCUCUGAGGAGAAGUCCGGCCCACCUCUUUUUGGUCCGGACCAGCGUCGUGUUGGUGGCAGCAGCCAGAGCAGUAAGUGGACUCCCGUUGGCCCCGCAGCUGGAGGAUCCUCAUCCCAGUCCCAAAAACGCUCAGGACUUCAGAGUGCGCACAAUAGCCAAAGGGGUUCUGGUGGCAGCAGCAGUAGCCAAAGACACGGAGGAGAGGUGCGGGAUAAGAAAUCCAGCAAACACAGUGGCGGCUCCGAACACUCUAAGUCUCACACGUCGAGUCCAGCCAAGGGCUCGCUAGGUUCCUCCAGCAGUAACAGCCACUCACGGAGCUCCCUGUCGGCUGAGCAGCCCCACAGCAAGGAGCGCUAUCGCUCCAAGUCCCCGCGAGACCGAGAGGCCAACUGGGACUCGCCCUCACGGGUACACACCUCCUUCCCUAGUGGACAGCACUCGAGUCAGGCCUUCCCUCCUUCGCUCAUGUCCAAGCCCAGCUCCAUGCUGCAGAAGCCCACCGCUUAUGUCCGGCCUAUGGACGGCCAAGAAACAGCGGAACCCAAGAGUUCGCAAGCAGAAAGCUACAGCGGGCAGUCGCACAGCAGCACCAUGGGAGAGAUGAAGUCAAAUGGCAAAGCUUCGCUCACCAAACUCAAGAUCCCAUCGCAGCCUGUGGAGGGAUCCGGUGACGCCAACUGUGUUGAUGAGAUUCUAAAGGAAAUGACUCAGUCGUGGCCCCCUCCACUGACAGCCAUACACACCCCCUGCAAGACUGAGCCCUCCAAGUUUCCGUUCUCAACCAAGGACUCUCAUCCUUUUCAAAGUGGACACAAGCGAGGAAGUUCUUCCAAAAGCUCCAGCAGCCACCAGUCGAAAGCCUGCGACGACCAGCCGACUAGGCUGGAAGAUGACCUCAAGCUAAGCAGCAGCGAGGACAGUGAUGGUGAACAGGACUCUGCCAAGAAUGCCUCGAGAAUCACAUCAGCAAGCAAUAACAGCGAAGGACCGGAGCAGCCGAGGGACGACUCCAGCAGCCACAGCGGCUCCGAGAGCAGCUCGGGUUCAGACAGCGAGAGCGAAAGCAGCACGACGGACAGCGAGGCCAACGAGCCCCCAAGGCCCGCCUCUCCUGAACCUGAACAGCCUAUGGCCAACAAGUGGCAGCUGGACAACUGGUUCAAGAAGACCAAAUUCUCUCCGGCGUCUCCGUUGGACAAUAACAAUGUUCCCACUAAAUGCAAGAAGGAAGGCAGAGAAAACAGCUCAGGACGCAGCUAUAGUAGCCAAGGUGGGGGGUCCAAGGAUUCCUCCACGCCAACGCCAUGCCGAGACCUCCGGGCGGCUCAGAAGGGCGAGAGCGGCAGAGGUCGACAAAAAUUCCCAGCCCAGAGUGAAAGUAGCACAGGGAACCGGCGGCCCGUGGGUAAGAAACAGCCCAAAAAGUCUGAAAAGGUUCCGGUGGUGGAGGAACCCAAGGGCGGGCUGAGAGUGGAGAGCGAGCCGGCGCAGGAGAUUCCUCACCGGCCCAAAGCUGCGACAAAGGGUCCUCGUAAGCCCAGCAUCAAGAAGGAACCCAAAUCAUCUCCGCGACCCACUGCCGCAGCUGUCACCGCCACCACUGACAAACGCAAAAACAAGGCGCCAACCAAGACCUCCCCCAAGUCUCGGCAGUUUGUCGACACAGACUCUUCCUCGUCAGACUCAGAAGGCAACGAUAGCAUCCCGUCGUCAUCGCAGACGCCCAAAUACAGCGAGAGCAUCCGGACCCCUGUGUGUGUAUUCUCACCCAUGGAAGAGAAGGAGCUGCUGUCGCCACUCAGUGACCCGGACGAACGGUAUCCUUCAAGACCACCACCACAGCAGGUCCUGCUGGUCAAGAUAGAUCUCAGCUUGUUGUCGCGGAUUCCGGGACGACCGUACAAAGACUUGGCCGAGAUAAAAGUGGAGCGGGAGGACUCUCUGGACCGGGACAGCAAGCAGAGCUCAGAAAAAACUUCCAGCAAGAACAAGCGGAAACACAAGAACGACGAGGAAAGCACAAAGCCUGAGAGCAAGCGAAGCAAGCUGGAGGAGAAAUCCCAGUCUCAUCAUAAAAGCAGCAGUAAAGAGUCGAAAAGGUCUUUGGAGAAGAAAGAAGAGCCGGCCCCAUCACCGUCCAUGUCCGGACUUCAACGGACUCCGAAAGCCGAGCACACUAGUCGCAAGCGGACAGCCAGCCAGUCCUCCACCUCUUUAUCCAGUGGGACGGGAAGCGGGAAAGAGGGAAGCCACAGCACCAAGAGCAGCUCCUCAUCCAAGCACCGUAAAGGAGAAGACAAGGGACGCAGCACACGUGACGGCAAGGAGAAAUCUUCAAAGGGCUGCGAUAACCAGCUGGCGGUGCCUCCGCUCUCCACGGACAGCUCCAAGUCUCAGAGAUCCAAGCUGGCGUUUGAGGACAGGGUUCACUCAGCUGAUCACUACCUACAGGAGGCCAAGAAACUCAAACACAGCGCUGACGCACUGGUCGACCGCUUCGAGAAGGCUGUGUACUACCUGGAUGCCGUGGUGUCCUUCAUAGAGUGCGGGAACGCCCUGGAGAAAAGCGCGCAAGAGGCCAAGUCUCCGUUCCCCAUGUACGCCGAGACGGUUGAGCUGAUCAAAUACACUAUGAAGUUAAAAAGCUCGAUGGCACCUGAUGCCACUGCUGCUGACAAGAGACUCGCAGUGCUGUGCCUGCGGUGUCAGUCUCUCCUCUACCUGCGCUUGUUCAAGCUGAGGAAGGACAGCGCCCUGAAGUACUCCAAAACCCUCACAGAACACUUGAAGAAUUCUCUAAGCAACACACAGGCGCCCUCCCCUGGAAUGGGAAACAAAGCGGCAGGGAUGCCCUCGCCUGUGUCGCCCAAGCUCUCCCCGGGCACCGCUGGCGGCUACUCGGCGGGCAGCAGCAGCAGCAGCGCUAGCUCCUCUGUGACCAUACCUCAGCGGAUCCACCAGAUGGCGGCGAGUUACGUCCAAGUCACCACCAACUUCCUGUUUGCCACAGAAGUCUGGGACCAGGCAGAGCAGCAGUCCAAGGAACAGAGAGACUUCUUCUUGGAGCUGGACAAGGUGAUGGGUCCUCUCAUCUUCAACACCAGCACCAUGACAGAACUGGUCCGCUACACCCGGCAGGGUCUCCACUGGCUCAGACUGGACGCCAAACUCAUCCCUUAGCCCGGCUGCUUCCUCACACAUAUCUCCGACACUGUGUUCAUUAUCUACACCAGCUUGCCAAAAACACUGAGCAGCAGAGAACCUGUCACCUUUAAACAGCGCCACCCAGGGACCGGGAGGAGGAGUAAGGGGUCACCGGGGAGCGAACAACAAACUACCCGCCUUCAUCAUCAUCAUCUCCUCGAUCUGCUGGUGGAAGCGCUUGGUGAAUUAUUUAUUAUUUAUUCACCGGGUUUGGUUUUCUCGGCUACUUUGGCUCCGUUUCUCACCAAAGUACCUCUGUGACCACCAAAGGUGCUUUAACUCCAAGUUUUCUCUUUAUCGUUUUCGUGCCUUGUCUCUGAGCUGCAGGAGAGUCGACGGUGGGGAACAUCACUGACGCCGGCGACUCUUCUUUUAACACUUGAUUUAAAGGCUGCGUUCACUUCCUUUAAUUUUCACUCAAUUAUUUUUGACUUCAAAAUGAAUUCAGCUUUCUCACCCUUUUUUUCAAAUUAAUCUCCAUGAUUUAAGUUAUUUUUCUUUUUGCUUCCUCAAUUUUAAACUCGGUAUUUAACAAACUUUCUAUAUUAAGAUUCCAAGACAUUAGACGCUAUUGAACAUGGCUCUUUUUAAGACAACUGUUUUUAAGUGUAUUUAAUGAAAUAUCUGAAAUGUUAUUGUGUUCGGCACCAUAUAAUCUGGAUUAGAGGAGCAGCAACAAAAGGCUGCUUUAUUUUCCUUUUUUUCCAGUUUGAGUGUGAACGUAGCUUUUGACUGGUUCUUCUUUCCCGAAAUGCCACGCCCACUUCCGCAGUCACUUUAUGAAGAUCAGGACUGAAUUCCUUCCUGUACGAACAGCCUCAGCUUUUCUUCCACGCGGUGUUUUUGCAGCCGCAUUCUUCACCCAGGAGCAUCCCGCUCGCAGUGUUACCUUUCGUUCUGUCGCAUCCGCUUGUUUGCCCGGCGAGUGUUUGUCGAAGCCACAGCAGGGAGUGUUUGAAGAUCAUAUCCACCCAUUCAAUGCAGUUUUCAGGACGUGUGAGAAAAAUCAGAGUGGUUUUUAAUUUUUAACCUCACAUGUGUAUUUUUUUUUAACUCGCCAGACACGUGAGGGCCAUUGUACUGAAGUCACGCGGUGCUUUCAAAUGAUGUCGUGGGAAAUUGUUACAAAUUGCAGGCUUAAAUUAAACUUCCUGUCUAUGCAUGACAUUACGGUACCCUGGCUACUGAACAAUGGAGAGUAAUAUCAAGUUAUACAGCAUAUCGCUCCUUGAACUGAGGAGCAGCUAAGUUUAAACUGAAGCUGUUUCAAUCCUUUAAAGUGAAGUACAAUUUAUUUUCCAACAAAUCAGCUCAUAGGUGAUGAAGGCGGAUCAUUUUGAAGGUAGUAUUUCAUGACUGGCAGAUGUUUCUUAUAGCCUUACUGUUUUACUUAAACUGUCUUUACCUUAAAGCCUUAAAUAGAGGAGCCACCAGUUUUAGCAUUCAAUGAACAAGACUUUCUCAGAUGAGCUGAAAAAUUAAAUCUGAUGGAUAUUUUAAUGAUUUUAAGCAAGUCCUCCUUCACUUAAAAUGAUCCCUUCCUUUACCCUCCCCACGACAUUCAAUGGUUCCAAAUUUUUUUUCUCUUCUUUCUAGUUUCCCAUAGUUUCACAUCAAGAAAGCAGACGAACAGGGUUGAAAGCGUUAUUUAAAUUGACAGUUAGGUGAGGUCACUUUUUCCGAAUUCUCAAAAUGAGAUUAUAUCUUUUACAAAAAAAGACCACAUUUCUAGCACUUUUUUUUUUUUGUCGCCAUGAACUUUGCCCCGUUUUUGACCCCGACUCCCGUUCUUGCCUCUCGCCCUCUUAAAAGCGUGCGGAGGAGAUAUUGUUUUAAUCUAUGCAGGAUUUUUACAACACUGUCUGCGGAGGAUUUUUUCUGCCUGUUGGACUCAAAUGCCUUUUAGCUUUUUGCUAAUUUAGCCUAAUUGUGUGUAAAUAUUUUUUUUUUACCACCAAACAGCGAUGGCUUUAGCCAUUUUAUACUUAAAAAAAAAAUAAGGAAAAAAAAGCUGGAGGCCACUUUUCUGGAAAGUUCAUGUCUUCAUACACUGGUACACUUUGGAAGUCGGCAACAACUAAUUUAGCAUUUUAUUUUUAACGCGUAUUUAUUUUUCUGCCCCUAUUUUUGCUAUUUUAACCGUAAAGGAAAUGGGAGGCUGUAAAUGUGUCGGGGUGAUGAGAUUUCACUGUAAGUAGUUAUUAAUAUUAACUUGAAUCCAGGGUAAGUGUCCACACGGAAGGCGUGCAUGUUUCUAUUUAAAAACAGAUGUAUAGUUUGUAAAUACGACUUUUCUUUAAGGGUGAAUUUCUAUGACAGGUUUUUAUUGAAUUUUGGAAAUGCUGUAAAUAUGUCAGAUAUUUUAUGCACAUUUUUCCUUUCUUCCUCGGAGCGUGUACGGAAGCCAUAUCAGCUUCAGGAUCGCUCGUCUCUGUAUUUGUCACAGAUGAAAUGUGGAACGUGGAUCAGUCUUACGUGAACCCGGCUGGGUUUCUUCCUCUGCGGAUAUUUUUUAAUCCCCGGCGUCUUUUGAAUCAAAGGUAUUUCUCUACACACGGUAGCAGUUUCUACAGUAUGUUGGGCGACAACCUCUUUUCUAAAUCGUCGUCUGUACAGCAUUAGUUUGAAGCGCGGCGGCGGCAGUAGAGAAGCUAUAUAUGAUGGAUGCAAUAUUGAUUAAAGGUACUCGUUGAAGUUUGGUCCUCAAACUUAGGUGAUGUAAUUUAAAAGCAUUCUUGUGAAGUGAGUAUUAAUUGUGACUAAUGAGAGUCUGUCCUAUUCUUUGUAUUUUGUCGUAUUGAGAAUAAAAAUAUAUA